AUGAUAUGUGCUAAGAUAAGAAUAGAUUCCAACCAACACUUCAUCGAAAUAUCUUGGAGGCAUUGUUUCCUGGGUACCGGUACGAGUUAUGUAUGUACUGCGGUUGACAGUGAUCAAAGUGUGUUUUAUAUGUUCAAUGCGGCUAUAAAUUCUACUCGGCAUAUUGAAUUAUUUGUUGAGUAUUCGUCUGUUGGAAAUGCCUUAAUCCCACCAAUUGUUGAUCAUGGUGUUGGUUCAUCUACGAGGUUUGAACCUAUGAGCAUCGACUGCGGUAUGAAUGAGCAAACAGACGUUGCAGAUGUUGGAUUGAAUACUCAAGAGAAUGUACAAGAACAUGCUGAUGUUGAUGUUGUACGAGGAGACCUUGCAGAUCCAGAAUUGUCGUCAUCAUCGUCUGAUGAUAUUUUAAGUGAUGAUUCUGAAGAUGGGACAGCUAUUAUCAGCGAGACCGACGCUGACAAAGCGAAUGAAUGUCGGUGGGAAGUGUCUGUUACACACAUGGCCCAUGAUGAUAUGUGGGAGAUUAGGAAGUGGCGGGGACGCCAUAGUUGUGAAGGUCAUCGUAAUGAUAGAGGACAUGCUAACUUUUCAUCACCAAUGAUUGCUUUGUGUAUUCGCCAUCAGUUGCUAAAAAAUGCCGAGUUUAGUGCCGCCGCCGUAAGAAAUUUUGUUCAUGACAAAUUUCAUGUGGUAGUCAGUUAUAAGAAGGCAUGGUAUGCACGGAGGAGGGCUUUAGAGAUUGUAUUUGGUGGAUGGGAGGAGUCAUUUAGGGAUUUGUCAAGCUACAUGCUUGAACUGCAGUAUAGGAAUCCAGGCACCAUUGUUGAGUGGAGGCAUAACGAGUUGUUGAGCCAGGGCCGUACUAAAGUCUUCUAUUACGUGUUCUGGGCACUUGGGCCUGCUAUACAUGCUUUCCAGGAGUGCCAACCAAAAUGUCUGCCUAUUGCAUAUGCUAUUGUUGAUGAAGAAACUGGCGACAGCUGGGAGUGGUUUUUGGAUCAUGUCAGAAUUCAUGUGGUGAAGUACGAAAGGGAGGUAUGCAUCAUUUCGGAUAGGCACAAAGGAAUCCUCAAGGCUAUGCGUUCAGAUGAAUGGAAAAAGCCGCCGAUAUGUCACCACAAAUUUUGUUUGAUCCAUGUGAGGAAAAAUAUCUUGACAAAACUAAAGGGUAAGGGAGGAAAAGCAAAAGGCAUGAUAUGGGCAUUGGGUGUCACAACUCAAGUACGCAAGUACGUGAGAAGACGACGUGCACUACGGGAGGAAAGUCUUAUUGCGAUACACGAGCUCAACAAAGCCAAAAAAGAGAACUGGUCUCUUUGCUACGAUGAUGAACUGAGAUGGGGGGUGCCCUCGACAAACAUGUCAGAGAGCUACAACAACGUACCGAGAGGUGUAAGAGAGUUGCCAAUAAGAGUUUUGGUUGAUCUGACAUUUUGGCGAACAGUUGAAUGGUGGGCAGAUAGAAAGACAGAAAUACAACAAACCGAAGGUCGGUUGACCCCCUGGGCGAGGGACAAACUUGUUGCGAAUGAUGCGAAGGGGCAAAUGCAUUACUGUUCAGUAGUCGCCCGAGAAUUAGGUCAUUACCAAAUUCGAAGUCGUCCACGUGUUGAAAAUGGAAAGGCAAAGGGCGAUAACAGACAAGAUGUCGAGUUUAUGGAUUCAAAGUGCAGUUGUGGGAAGUGGCAGAUGUGGAGAGUCCCUUGUUCACAUGCGUGCACCGUUGCCAGAGAUCGAGGUAACUCUAUUUUUGAACUCAUUGAUAAACACAACCACAAAGCUACAUGGGAAGCACAGUACUAUGGUGUCUCAUUUCAAGCACCAAGACACCAAGACUAUUGGGCAAAUCUUGGAUGGAAAUUGCGUAUCACCCCUGAGCAGUUGCUUCCUCGAAAGCGCGGACGAGGCAGAACAAGGAGGAUUCCUAAUCAAAUGGAUAUCCGCGAGGAAGAUGAACCGAGAGCGCCCCGCAAGUGCAGGAAUUGCGGCGUAGAAGGACAUGACCGUAGAAACUGCACAGUCGGUCGUGUUAUGUAG